UUUAUUUAGUAUACAGACAGCCGGAAGCUCCACUCUGAAAUUGGCCGAACCGGAUAGUGCUUGGUGUGAUGGAGAGGUGAUGUGCCCACAGCCAGUGGAGUGAUAAGGCCAGAGCAGCCAUGACUGAGUGCUUCCUGCCCCCCAGCAGCAGCCCCGCUGAGCAGCGCAGGGCUGAGCACCCAGGGGGCGUGGCCCGCACCCCCAGCUCUGAGGAAAUCAGCCCCACCAAGUUCCCCGGGUUGUACCGCACCGGCGAACCAUCACCACCUCACGAUGGCCAUCAUCAUGAGGCACCCGACGCCUACGUCUCAGACGAUGACAAGGAGCACAGCAAGAAAAAGAACAAAUUCAAGAAGAAGGAGAAAAGAACGGAAGGCUACGCUGCCUUCCAGGAGGACAGUUCAGCAGACGAAGCUGAGAGCCCAUCCAAGAUGAAGCGCUCCAAAGGAAUCCAUGUGUUCAAGAAGCCGAGCUUCUCCAAGAAAAAGGAAAAAGACUUCAAGGUGAAGGAGAAGGGCCCCAAGGAGGACAAGGCCAAGGAUAAGAAAUCCAAGGACCUGACGGCUGCAGAUGUGGUCAAACAGUGGAAAGAGAAGAAGAAGAAGAAGAAACCAACUACAGAGGCAGAGCCAGUCCCAGUGGAGACCCCCACCUUCAGGCCGAUCUUUGGAGCUCCCCUGACUGAAGCGGUCAAGAGGACAGCUCUGUAUGACGGCAUUCAGCUGCCAGCCAUCUUCAGAGAGUGUGUGGACUACAUUGAAAACUAUGGCAUGAAGUGUGAGGGCAUCUACCGGGUCUCAGGUAUGAAGUCCAAGGUGGAUGAACUGAAAGCGGCGUAUGACCGUGAGGAGUGUCCCUGCCUGGAGGAGUAUGACCCCCACACAGUUGCCAGUCUAUUGAAGCAGUACCUCCGCGAGCUGCCCGAGAACCUGUUGGGCCGAGAGCUGGCCCAGCGCUUUGAGGAUGCCUGCGGUCGGCAGGUGGAGGCCGAGAAAGUGACAGAGUUUCAGAGGCUGUUGUCCGAGGUGCCGCCGGAGAGCCGACUUCUCCUGUCCUGGCUCAUCACACACAUGGACCACGUCAUCGCCAGGGAGGCCGACACCAAGAUGAAUAUUCAGAACAUCUCCAUCGUCCUCAACCCAACCAUACAGAUUGGGAACCGUGUCCUUUACAUGUUCUUCACACACGUGAGGGAGAUGUUUGGAGACGUAGUGCUGAAGCCGGUGGUGCGACCACUCCGCUGGUCCAACAUGGCAACAAUGCCGGCGCUGCCUGAGACCCAGGAGAGCAUCAAAGAGGAGAUCCGACGACAGGAGUUCCUAUUGAACUGCCUGCACAGGGACCUACAGGCAGGGGUGAAGGACUUGUCCAAGGAGGAGCGACUCUGGGAGGUUCAGCGAAUCCUGACGGCUCUAAAGCGCAAACUGAGGGAGGCCAAACGUCAGGAAUGUGAGAGUAAAAUAGCCCAGGAGAUAGCGAGCCUGUCAAAGGAAGAUGUUUCCAAAGAGGAAAUGACUGAGAAUGAGGAGGAAGUUAUCAAUCUCCUCUUGGCACAGGAAAAUGAGAUCCUGACCGAGCAGGAGGAGCUGAUCUCUCUUGAGCAGGUGCUUCGUAGACAGAUAGCUACUGAGAAGGAAGAAAUUGAGAGACUCCGAGCAGAGAUUGCAGACAUACAGAGUCGGCAGCAGGGUCGCAGCGAAACGGAGGAAUAUUCAUCUGACAGUGAAAGUGAGAGUGAAGAUGAGGAAGAGCUGCAGAUGAUUUUGGAGGAUCUGCAGAAGCAAAAUGAAGAACUGGAGAACAAAAACACCCAUCUGAACCAGGCCAUCCAUGAGGAGCAGGAAGCCAUCUUGGAGCUCCGUGUCCAGCUUCGCCUCCUGCAGAGCCACAAAAUGCAGCAGGAACUGACUGUGCAGCCGCCGGCCGAGCAGGCGCCGCCCGCGCAACCGAGCCCGGAGGCUCGCAGCGAGGAGCAAGCCAAACGCUCCGUCGCCACGGUGGCCACCAGUGCCGACACGGCUGCUUCGGCCAAUGGAAAGGCAGUGAAGGAUCAUUCAAAGCCCUCACCGAGCAAAGACAGGAGAGACACCAACAUGUGAGAGGUCAGUGAUGUAUUUGGUGGCUCUGUGCUGCUGUACAUCUCUGCCACUGGUCAGCUGUCCUAUAGUGUCACUCGUUAUCCACUGGAGAGUUCACAUUGCUGGAUCUGUGCGUUCAUUAGUAACUAUUGUCAACUAAGUGGCAGCCAUGUAAAAAAAUCUCUUAAAUGCCUAAUGUCUUUGGCGUCCCGACUCUCUCCGUCACAUUGUUUUCCAUUUUGCCGUAAACACAGAGGAACUAAGAAAAGAGUAGCUGCUGUAGCAGACAAGAGGCUACUAGUGUGAGAGAUGAGGAGGGACCAUAUGACCAUAUGAAGGGAUUUAUAAAGCAAGUAAUGGGUUGGAAGAGAGAGUAGAUAGAGAAGAAAGUUUAUUUUUUCACAGGUAAAGGCUUAAGAAAUAAUCACUAGAUAUGAUCCCAGACCCUGUAACUCAUUUUGUCCCUUACCAAGGUGCAAAUCUGUCAUGUUAGGAUAGAGACCACUGUGCCAUACCUGAAGAUGCCAGACUGGUUAAGUUUCCCCAGAGAACCACUAAUACAAAAAGCUCUUUGAAUAAUGAAGAAUUUCUGAUUGGUCUAUCUAUAUAUUAUAUAUUUAAAUAGUAUUCUGAAGAAUACAAAUGACUAUUCAAGAAAUACAUUGAUUUUAAAUGACUUUUUUUUUUAGUAAUAUAUGAAUAUAUGUAUAAAUAUAUUGCAGAUGCUUUCUUUUGUUUGAGCAGCAGUGGUGUUGUACGUCCCAGCUGAACAGUGGAUGAAAACAUGAACGCCAAACAAAUACGCAGAAAAAAUAUGUUCAUCACUGCAAAACGUAGACAAACAGCUGGAGGCAACGUUGUGUGAAACAACUUCUCUAUGUAGUGCAAUCAUCUUUUCUGUUAUCUCUGCCUCUCUUGCACAAGCAGCAAAAAAAAAAACAAACAUGGCAAAUGACAUUUCUCCAGUGUUACGAUGGGAUAACAAAUCUGUAGUGAUGAUUUUUUUUUUUUUGUCUCCAGAAUAUGUGCAGAGGCACGCAGGGGGUUUAUUUACUUUUGUUUCUGAUAGUGUUUUUUAACUCUUGGUGUGCGGAGUUAUUAUUCACGGCAUCAUUUUGGAGUAAGUGAACACAACAUUUGUCAAUCAUUUCAUUUCACAGCUCAUCCAUGACUAUUGCAAAGUAAAGUCAAUAGCAUGGCCUGACUUACUUACUUACUGUAUCUGUAUAUUAUUGUAAAAUUGCAAACAUACUGUAUUUUCAGCUCUAAUGUUUUGUCUUUUUUUUUUUUUAAUGACCUGUAUGAAGUAUGCUAGUGUGACUGCGUCUGCUUUGGUCAUGGGCAAAUCGAAGCAAUCUCAUCUGGACUCAUGAUUCAGCGUGUUUAUUAAUCCUGUGACUGAAAUUUUAGAUUGGGCUGAGAAGCUUCUCAUAGGGUUAUUUUCAUAUUGUUCCGAGCUUUUGUAGCUUAUUGUUGCAGACAGAAUAAUGCUGUGAAGAAUAAAGUGUCAAUCCGAAUAACUGA